CCUGUCCUCAAGACAACGAUCAGUGUUCGAUCAGACCAGCAAUGUGCCUCACAUUCCCCCUCUCCUUCCUCUCUCUCGCAGGGUACUCCAAGCCAUGGAGCUGCUGGGAUCUCGAGGCUUCCAUCGAGCCCUCGUUCCCAACAUGUGUCCGUGCGACCACGACCAAACCACCGCCAUGCCCAUGCCUGCACUGCUGCAGUCGCGCCUGGGAGGAGGAGAGGGGGGAACAGCAGGGGAGGAGUACCGAGUGCUGUCUCAGAUGGACAUUGCUGCCUUCAUGCUCAAACACGAGGGGCUGCUGGGCUUGGCACUGGCUAAGAGCAUCGAUGACAUCGGGCUGGUCUGGCCGUCUGUGGUCUCCGUGACUCCAUCCACUCCUCUUUUAGACGCCUUCAACAUGUUCCGAAUCAGAGGGAUAAGCGCAGUAGCAGUGGUGCAGCCUAAGCCAGCUCCGCCAGCAGUCGUGGUGGAAGAGGGGGGUGGGGACUCAAAGGACGAGGAGGGGGGGACUGAGAAGACGAAGGAAGCUUCUGUUGUGCUUCCCCAGUGGCCCAUGGGGGGAUGCGGCAGUGUGCUGACAGGCACUCUGUCAGCAUCGGACGUCAAGCAGCGCCUCUUCUCUGCGUCAUGUGCUUUCCCUGCUAGUCAACCACCGAUGCCUCUUCUCUGCGCCAUGUGCUCUCCCUGCUAG